CACGAUUGUCAUUCCGUCGAGCGGAGGAAAAAAUCGAUUAUAAAAAAAAUAGGAAACGUAUUUUCAUCUAAAAAAUUUUGCUAUAUAAAUGUUCUUCUAAACGUCAACUUUGAGCAUUCCUCAGUUUAUUUGUCUGAAAAUGAAGAGCAGCGAAUUUCAAAAAGUCUAAUUCUUUUUGAUAAAUUAUUAGAAUCAGUUAAUACUCGACAAUAUUUUAUUACUUUUAUUUUUCUUUUCCUAAAUAAUUAUUUUCCAGGUUCGCAAUCCAACGGGAAUUUUUAUCGACGACAUUCAUUUCAUGGAUUUGGAAUCCUGGCCAUUUGUAUCCCGUAUAAUGAAUUGUAAAAAUUUUUUCUUAGCGAUGACUGUCGAUAAUUCCAAGUACACAUUAUCAGCAAAUCAUUAUAAUGAUUCAAGACUUUUCAAAUGCGCACUCGACGGUUUGAAUCCUCAGGAAAUGUGUUCACUAGUUUGCCAACUUCUCAACGUUCAUGGAAUUUCAAAAAAAAUUAACAAAAUCCUGAACAAUGCAAACUGGAUAAACGCAGGCUGGUGUGAGGCUUUCAUAUCCCUAACACUCGAAAGAAAGUGGUUUAAUUUUUAUUAUCGCGAUGCAAAAGGAAAUCUCCAAGACCUGAUUUCACCUCCACUUGUUUCUGUCAUCAAAGUACCAUACGGUGUCUUCCCUGAAGAGAUAAAUCCUCAUCUUCCACAAAAUAAAUUACACAUACUGGAUAUCAAAGUAGCAAACGCCCGGUUUAUGAACGACGACACUUAUCUUGACAUUGAAAUUUUUAACAAAAAAUUACUCCACGGACUCACAAGUUACGAGCAAAGUGUAUUGAGAUCAGCAGCAGUGCUCGGGGAUAUUUUUACGAGAGAAACACUCGAGAAUGUUGUACCGAAUUCAAUUGACUUUCACACAGCACGAGCAAUAACUCGAUUAAUGGAGCUCAGAGUACUAGAGUGCGCAUCCAUUCAGCGUUUUAACUACAAUCUCUCGCCUUAUGUGAAGCGAAAUACUUUUUCUGAUAUGCAUCAUCUUCUUCAUUGCUCAUGUUAUCGAACAAAUGUAGCUGUCAGAGAUGAACAGUUACCCAGUUAUGCCGGUUGCAAAUUACUCGAGUUCAAGGUAAAGGCCUUUCGUCGUUUUGUUUAUGAUCAAAUAUUGCCAAGUCAGAAGAGAGAAUUACAUUCGAGAGCUGCUGAGAUUUAUGAGCGUCAAGCUAAGACAUGUAUCUCAUGUGGCGGUGGAUCGUUUUUAAAUAUUUUGGGUGUUGUGCAAGGGAUUGGAGCUGAUGCAAGAGCACUAAGACCAUCUAUUGUCAGAAGAUCAUUAUCAAGAGACGGUAUUUAUUUCAGUAAAUUUAAAUUCCGAAAACGCAGUUCGUCAAAUGAAAGUACAGAAAAUCAGGAAGGGAUUCACUAUCAAAAAAUUUCAAUUUUGCCGCCUUAUUUUGAAGCCGAAGAAGAGUCUCAAUAUUCUACAGACGACAUGUCGACACCUUCAAACAAAUUAAAAAAAAAAUCAGACGUAUUUUUAUUUAAUAAAUGUGAUCCUUCACGAAGAUCGCAGUUGAAAAAAUUUAAUUUGAUUGAUUUUAGAAACUGCGAGUGUGAAAAUGUAUUGAAUGGAAUUUUUCAGGAAUUGCUGUGGCAUCUCCAGCAAACUGAUUUAUCAAGCAAACUCAUUGAGUACAUGAUGGAGUACAGCGCGGGAUUAAUUUUAAUCUGUAGAUAUUACGAAGCAUCAAAUAUUUUAAUUGUCGCCAAAGAAAUAAAUGAUAAAUUGCCUCUAGAAAAAAGAUGGAAAAAUAAAUAUAUCAUUUGGGGACUUAUGGGCGACGCUUCAGUGGCAUUGGGAAAUAUUUCAAAAGCUAAAAAGUAUUUCAAAGAAGCAAUAAGACUUCAAACUAAUGACAAACAUUACGAUAUAUUAUGUGUCAGGCCCAAAGUUAUUUGUCAGCUUUGGCAUAAGAAAAUAAAUAGAAAAUUUAUAAACAGAUUUUCUAUUAACAGAUUUACAGAAAAUGAAAUGUCAAGGCGUCUUGUUAUCGCUUAUCAUCUUAUGAAACUAUCAAAAGUUCUUUCGUUACAAGGGGACCAUAAUCGGGCAGAAUUAAUAACUUUAAAUGCCUUGAGCAUCGGGUUGUCGAGUUCAGAAGGUUUUACCCAAAAAUGUGAGCUUUAUGUCAAAGCUUGCGAAAUUUUUCGAGCAUGCAGUCAACUAGAAACUGCCCGAAAACUUGACAAGAAAAUUUUGACAGUCAUAACUAAGAAAUAUUGGUGGGCUUACAUCGACGAAAUAGUCAGUGUACUUCGUGUUUUUAAAUCAAUGUUCGAAAUUAGAUUGCUGAUGGGAGAAUACAGAGACGCACUAGAAAUUGGUGUUAAAUUAUUUAAAAUAUCAAAAUCCUUGCAAGUGACUGCGGUACAACUCGAAAUUUUGCCUUUACUAAUAAAUCUUACGAUCCGCAUGAAGCGAAUUUAUGAAACUGCAGAUCUUAUGAAAGAAUUAUUCUACUUAUCAAUCCAAGAUAUCGAUGACUCGAGUAUCACUUGGUACUACGCGCUGUCUCUAGAUCUAGCUUUAGAUGCCGGGAUGGUUUUGGAGUCUUUUGAAAAAUGUGCCGAGCAUGCGAAAACAAUUCUCGCCAAUAAAAAUAGAUCGUGCGUUUUACGCGACCCGGAAAGUCUCAAAAGACUAUUAAGUUGCCUGUGGAUAUGGCAGCUCCGAUCAGGUACCACAGUGACAGCGACAUUUGCACAGCGAUGUGCGUCAUAUGCAACGAAUAUUAAGCCAGACAAUUAUGCGCAGCUAUUAAAUCUUCUAAAGACUCUCGAGGCCUACUUCCUGGUAUUGAGACGGUGCAUCAACAUAAAGCGCGUCGACGAGCUUGCAGAGCUGCUCGAAAACACAAAGUUGAUUUUAAAAACACUCGAGCGGCAUUCAAACAACUCCAGGUUUAUAAAACCCCGCUUCUACAUGUUCAAGGCGUACUUAAAAAUAGCACACGGAGACAAACAUUCAGCAAUGAGGCUGCUGAAAAAGGCGAGAAAGUAUGCAAGUUUACAGAGCAAUGAAAUGUUGGCAUCUUUGAUCCUUCUUAAUGAAAAGAUGUGGAAGAGACCGGAGUUUAAUAACACGAACUUUUGGAUGGAGAACGUGAGCUGCCUUGACAGUUUUAAUUGGCGAGAUAUCCACGAGUUUGAUGUGAAAGCAUGGUCGUCUAUUUUAUUCUUCAUACCGCCUCCAGAUUCCUGUCUAUGAAUAUUUAAACACCAUUUUGUUAUAAUUUUUGGAGGCAAGAGUUGAUUUCA